AUGAUUCUACGUUUGGUCUUUUUCGCCACGCUCAUUGGUAGGCUUUUUUGGAUUUUUUGUUUGAAAAAGUAUGCUCUAUCGAUAAGCUCUCAUAGUCAAAAUUUAUCUAUAAAUAUCAGGAAUGAGAGCUUUUUUCAAAGGUAGUAGUGUUUUAAACAAAGUUGAUGGCUCAUUUUUUUUGGUUACAUUCUAUUUUUUGAAGCUAACAGUCUUGAAGGCUCAUUGUGUUUAUCAAAAAAGCUCCGCUGAGUGAAUAAUAUGAAAAAAAGGAAACUAAAUAUUUUUUUAUACAAAUAAAUUUUAUCUCAAUAUCUGAGGCAAUUUUAUGGGGUUCUCAUCACUGACAGGCUUUUCCAGAAUUUUUUGAAGAAGUCGGUUUUUAUCGAGACUUAAGGUCAAGUCACUAAAAAACUGGGAAGGAUCAUGGUUGUACGGGAUUUUAUGAACUUCAAAAAAUCAUCUAAUUUUUUUAGUUCUUAAUACGAUCUCUCAACAGAAAUUCAAAAAAGAAAGGCCGUUUAUUUGAAUUAUGUUAGGCUCGUCUCUUCGUAAGAGAGUUAGUUUGUACAAAACUUGAAAUAGGUUUUGAAUAUGAUUUAAAACUCUUCUAACAGUUCCAACAACGAGAAAUCUUUGUAUUUUUGGAGCAUACUGUAGGGUUUUCAGGAGUGUCAAUCGCGUCGACGUGUCCGCACUCGACGAGCGCCAGAAUCCAGGAAUGCGUGAGGCCCGUCGCCGAGUAUGCGAAAAUAAUCAAUAAUCAAGUAUUUAUCAAUCAAAUAUUGAUGAAAAAUGAUGGUUUCAGGACUCGAGAGGAGGUACCGGCGGCUCGGAGUUUGGCAGCGCAUUUUCCCUGCCAAAUAUGGGCGGCCGAGUUUUUAAUGAACUCUGUCGGUGGGUUUUGAGCUUUUGUAUGAAAGCAAAGUUUUAAGGAGAGUUUUUCAUGGUAGAAAAAAGUGGUACACUUUAGAAAGGAAACUUCUUUUUAAGACCUUGGACGUUUUUUUGGCUUUUUCAGUCCAACUUCAAGGUGACGCGUCGGCGUUUGCGUGGCGGUCCUGACUGAAAAAAAAAACUUUGACUUUUUUUCCAUAUUUUUAUGCAUAGUCAAACGGCGUUUUUUUUAAUACACAAGUCAAGACUUGUCGUAAAUUAUGAUGCUUAUGGUGUAAACACACCGAGACGCACUAUCGCAUUUUUUUUUUCAAUUUUAGAAUUUGCAGUUUUUGGAUAAUAAUUCCUGAACGAUUCGAAAUCUAGAAAAAGAACAUUCAGGAACCAUUCUGAGACUUUUUCCGAAAAUCUUGAGAGAACUUUAGAGGGCGGGUUUUGUAAUCCAAAAACGGGUCCUGAACAGAUCAAAACUACAGUAAUCGUACGGUUUAAAGCUCCCACCCCUGGUAUUUUUUUUUCUGCAUUUUCUUUCACUGACAAAAACGCCGUGGUCAGUCUACUUUCUAGAGAACCUUUUUAUUCCCCCGGUUGAACUUUUGCUGAAACUUUGCUGAAGUGUACUUUUAGGACCCCCUGAUUGCAGAAUAAGAAAAAUUUUCUCGCAAUAGACUUUUUCCGAGUUAUUGAACUUCAAAGCCCGUAAAAUAAGCAAAUUAGACAAAAAAAAGCGCUAUUUCAAAGCUUUUGAAGUGCCCUAACUCGAAAACGGUGUCUAUUGCGAAAUUUUUUUUUUUCAUCAAAAUUUCAACCAGGGGGGGGAGGGGUAAAAACGUUCCUAUAGCCUCAAAAUAAAAAUCGCCUUCUCCCAAAACAAGUUCAAGAACUUUCAACCGUGUGUCUUGUCACAUACUCGGAGUCAUUUGUCUUCCCAUUUCCCAAGCUUUCCGCUGACGAUGCCGCCCUCGUUCCGAAAGGGCUUUUCGGUCCAAAACGAAUCGAUCAAAAUUUGUCCCUUCUCACGCGUUUCGGUAAUCCACCCUUCAUUCCAAAAAGGACGAGGCCGAGAAACUUUGAAAAGGAGCAAAAUUUUCAGCCUAAUCGCCAAGUUCAACGGAUGCGUCAAGGAGCACCGAAGGACCUGUGAGAAACACGUCACGAUCGCCCUCAUCGACAGUUCUUACGGAUACCUCUGCAAUGAUGGAUAUAAUAGUGAGUUUUUCGAGGGCUAUUUCCCUGGCUAUUUUUUAAGCCUGGUCCGGGCCGGUCUAGAGAAAGCCUCAAGCAAAACUGGCGGGACUUGUCAUUUGUUCAAUUUUUGAAAGUCAUUUUUUUUUUUGAUCUUUUUCCCUUACAUGUUAGAGUUUAACAGAAACUAUAAAUUUACAAGUAAAAAAUAAUUUUUCUGUGAUGUUUUUAAUAAAACUAAAUUUUUUUUCCAAGCCCAUCCAGGCUUUCUCCCGAAUGAGGUCCAAACCCUGGGCCAGACCGCCCGGGUAUCCAAAGAGGAAGGCCCCUGAAAAUAGGAUUUGAGAUUUUUUUUUCGCUCAUCAUACUCAGUGACGCCAGAGCGGUCUCUAUAGGGGUUAGGGGGGAAAACAGCCCGUAUAGGGGUAAUAUUUAAAUGGUCCUUAUAUGGACCCCUUAAGCCCAAGUGGUCCCUAUAGGGUUCUCUAAUCUUUAGUUCAGAUUUGAAAAUAAAAACACGGCGUUUUUUUAUUACGCAAGGUCAAGACUUCUCGUAAAUUAUGAUGCUUAGGGUGUAAACACACCGAGACGUACUAUCGCAUAUUCGAAAUUGUUUUUUUUUCAAUUUUAAAAUUUGCAAUUUUGGGAUAAAAGCUCCUGAAAUGUGUUUUACUGACAAGAACGCCGUGAAAAACAAACUUGAUCAAAUCAUCCUCUUUUGAUAUUUUUUCUUCAAAUAAUCUCAAUUAAUUUAUUUUUUUUUGCAUGGAGAUAAUAAUAAUAGUCACUUUCCCUAUCCAGGCUAAUUAUUAAACCCCUAUAGGUAGGGACCGCAGACGAAUUUUCAAAAAAAUUUUUUCAGCAUUGAGCUUUGUAUGGUUUGAUAGCUGUUUCGAUUCAAAAACUCAGAACCGUUUAGUUUUUUUCGAAAAAAGAUUAUGGAUGAAAAAAAGUUAUGACGAAAAUUGUGGUGCGCCGCGCACCAUUUUUUUAGUACUGAAAUUUUGGUAUUAUCCAUUUUUUUGACAUUUUUUUCUCGAUUUUUUUCUUCCAGAACAAGUUUUUGAUACUGGUCUAUUAUGAUGUAACAAAUCAUAAUAGAUUGCUAAAAAUAAUGCUAAUCAGCUAGUUUGCCGAAAAAAAGUCGGUAUUUUCCAGAAAAACAAAAAAACGGGCGCUUGCGGGCAUCGAACUCGCGACCUCAAAACGAAAAAAAUCGCAGCGCACGCGCUGCGCCAAGCUGUUAGGUCUAGCGAAGGGAGUUUCCAUCCGCCAUAGCCUUGAGCCGUUUGAAUAGCACAGAUUGCCUAUUUCAAAAAGAAAAAAACUUGAAGUAAUGAAGCUAUUUUUUUAUCAGAAUAUGUUCGCAAAUCUUUACUCAAACUUUUCGUGGAAAUUCACUUCGAAAAAAACUGUUUUUUUAGUGCUUUUUUUGCCUCGUUUAACGAUCGCUGCGUUAAAACGGCCCCGUAAAUUUUUUUGGCAAAGACGAAUUUUUUUUAUUUUAUUCUUUUUAAUUGAAAGAUUUUUUUACUAAUAAAUGUAUAUAAUCGUUUAAAAAAACCUGCGUUCGACCGCUUUCGGUGUGAUAAACGCCGCUAAUUUUAUUCUCUAUUUUCAAGAGCAUUUUUUUGCGUAUCAAACAACUUUUUUUCAAGCACAUAUGCUGUGGAGAAAAAUUUAAGUAAGCCCAUGGUCUAAAUUUUGAAAAAACAAGAACUCGAUUAUAUUCGCUUAUUAACGAUAUUUUGAAUUAUGACUUUCGGCACUCCCUAAAAUUUUUGGCAAAGACGAAUUUUUUAUUUUAUUGUUUUAAAAUUACCGUUACUUGAAUCAAAAAUCAUUAUUUAAAAAAAGAAAGAGUGCGUUCGACCUAAAAACACAUGAAAAAGCAAAAAACGACAAAAUUUUUUAGUUUCAUUCACGUUUUUGUACGACAUUCCGCGAGAACGCAUCAAAAAAGCGUGAAAUAUUUUUCAAACGAAAGAGGAAGCUUUUUUGUACAUGUGUGCCAAAAUUUAUUAUCCAGUUCCACAUAUUUUGCAACUACAGCAAAAUGAAAGUUGAACACCAAAAAAAAGCCACUUUUUCUAUCGCGAAAAGGGGCGUGGCUUUGCGGUCCCUACCUAUAGGGAUCCCUUUUGCAAGCGUUAGUGGCCUCUAUAGAGUUGUGUUGUACGGUCCUCAAGGUUGUCUCUAAAGAGACCACUUUGUAGUCCCAUGAAAGCAUUUAGAUGCUCAAAGAAACGUUAUAGAACUUCAGAUCCAUGUUCUUUUAGAAAAGGAACCACGAACAAUUUUAAUUAGACCCAUAGAUGGAAAAGGUCUAUCGUAUCACUGACGAUGUGCCUUUAAAGGAGCAUGACGGAAAGAUAUAAAAUCAUUUUGAAGCGUUCAUGGAGUCGGCCGAGUGUCUGAUGGAGCUGGAUCGGAAGCCGACUGUGAAGAGAUGUCAUGACGAGACCCUGAAGGAGAUUGAAACUGCGAACACGGAUACUGGCGUCAUUAUGGAGGCGAAGCUUGACCGGAUGUGCGAGUGAGUUCUGACGUCAUCACGAAAGACUUCCACGUCAUUACUUGGUUGUUUAUGACGUCAUAAGGGGACACGUGGACGUCAUAAGAUGAUACGUUGCGAUAGUAGAUUCACAACGUCUUUCAUCACUUUUUAAGUUUCAGAAGCCUUUCAGUAUAAAAAAUUAUAAAAUUAUGACCUAUCCUCAAUUUUCUCUUUUUCCAGAGCUCUCAACUUCUUCUCCGGCUGUGUCCGGUCGCCGAUCAAGCAACAAUGCGGCUUGUCGGCCUGGCAGGUCAUCUACCAGGUCCUCAAGGACACCACCAAUACCUUGAUGCCGGCUUGUCAGUUCACCGGAACUUCGGCAAAGUUCGUUUUUGGGAAUCUCGAAAAAUUAGCAAAGCAAUCAGACUUUUCCCAAUGGUUCAGAAGCUUGAAAAUUGAAAAAAAUUACUCAAAAUUUCCAGACUCACCUCCUUCCAACAAGAGAAGCACGUGGAAGAGCCGCACCUCCUGACCGUCGUCGAGCCGGAUUCAGAAGAGGAAAUGACGUCAUCGACCGUCCUGAUGACGACUUCGACUAGACCUCCAACGACGACGACGUCACCCAAGAAAACCAUGCGGAAAAAUAUUCAAGCCGAGCUGAACUAUACGUCAUUUGGAAUCUCGUCAUCAAUUUUCCUUGUUUUCGCCCUCAUUUUUGGUCAUUUGUUCCUGUGAAAAUAUCUUUUUCUAUUUUUUUCUUCCUUCUAUGAAAAAUCUCCAAUCCAUUACGUGUACUUUUCCAACUUUAUAUACCUUUUUUUUCCUGCUCAUUUGUCAUUUUUGAAGUCAAUUUUUUUUAAAAUAUCUUCUCUCAUUCAAAAAAACCAAAAAAAUUUUUUUCCCUUUACAUCUUGAUUAAUAAAUAUUUAUUGAAGUUACAAAUUAAAAAAAUGAAGCUGUAAAAAAAUGCUGCUUUUAAAUUUAUUGGAUUUUUAAUUUUAUUUCAAUUAUUUAUUAAUAAUGAAUCUUAGAAACUUUCUCUUAAAAACGUCUGCUUAAAAAUUUUUAUUUACAAUUAUAUUUAACUAGAUAUCUGAGUGUAGGACAAAAGCGCCGAUUCCAAGAGCGCCGUUCAAAAUGAGCGCUAGUCCGCAAUGCGCCGUCGCGUGUGUGCGACGUGUAUACAGACGCCGCUUUCUUUUGCGCCAAAUCGUUUUGCGCCGUUAUUUUAAACUUUUGUUUUUUCGCUCUUUUUCUAUUAUUUUCAGGAGGCAACUACAACAAAGAAGUUGAAGGUUGAGGUUUUGAGGCUGAGCUAUCAGUCGAAGGCGUCGCCAGAUGGCCCCUUCGCGAGGAGAGCUUCAGAUAACGCUCAAACGCCUUGCAAGCAGGGAAAUCCCAAAUUCCGAGGCUUUGAACUAGCAAUGUGA